AUGCUGGCUUAUUACCAACGGUAUAAUGAUGUUGACGACGACGACGACUAUGAGUGCAAUAACGCCAAUGACGACGAUUACAUGAGCGAUUGGUACGAACCCCACCAGACCGAGACCCCGCCACCGACACCACCCAAGGUUUCAAGCGAUAUGCGACGGAUUGUUUUUCCGUCUCCCUCGCCCGAUGUUGUGUGGGGAUAUCUCUCUCCCAAGAAUCCAAAGUGUCCUUACAGAAGUUGGUAUCUAAUCGGUCCUAAGAAUACGUACAAACUCGGUGCGUCCCACUAUAUGGAUUUUUGCGUUACGGGGUCGUCUAUCGAUGCUGCCCACCAUUGCACUAUCUUUUGGGAUGGGACCAACAGCGAAUAUGCAGUUCAUGUAGUCGAUUAUACAGAAGAAGUGAUUGGUGGAAAUUGGGGUGGCACUUUUAUCAACGACGUAAGGCUAUUGCCCAGAAUCCCUUCUCUAUUGCGUCCCGGAGACUCCAUUCAGUUCAUUGGUGAAGACCCCAUGGGAACAAAUGAGGAUUUGCGUUAG